AUGAAAGACCAAUUAUCAAAAUUAAAUUCAAAAGAAAUGUUGAUGUCUGAGAAAUUGGACAAGCUAAAAGAAAAAUUUAAGCUUAUGAAAAAUGAAAAUAAAAAACUUCAUGAAUUGAUUCUAAAUAACAAAAAUGAAAAUAUUCUGGCUCAGCCAAAAGAAAAUGAAAAACUCGUUAAAAAAGCAGCACAAAUUUCAGAAUUGAAAAUUAAACUUGAAAAUUAUUCAAGUGAAUAUUACUCUUCAUUUGAGAAUUUGCCUAAAUUUAAAAAGAUGAAGACUAAACUUUUAAAAAAAUUUAAUAUUGAGAAAAGUCUCAUUGCAAGAUCGAUGCAAGCCAUUAUAUAG